AGGAAGGCUAGUUUCGGCAUUGCAGAGAAUUUGAGGGGGUGGACUCUCUGCCUUGUCCUCUCUCUCUCUCUCUCUCUCACCCACCAACCCACACACAUAUUUCUAUCGUCGCCAGUUCGCCUUCUUGAAGGAAACCGUGUACCUAUCGCCUUCUUUCCUAAUCCCUUCGCCUCUAUCUCUAUCCACACGCAUCUCCUUACAAACCCUAAAUUUCCCACCGUAAGCUAGGGUUCGCAGCGAACAAAUCCUUUCAGGGUUUUUUCGUUGAUCUGUUGGCGAAGUGGCGGUCUAUGGCGAAUGGUACGGAUUCAGAGGAGUUCGUGGUAUGUUCUCGGGUGCGGACGGGGCUGAAGCGCGAGUUUGCCUUCGCGUGGAAGGUUCAGUCCCAGAUGUCUGGGUCGUUGGGUCGGACUCGAGCUAGAAGGGCGCAAAAUGGGGUGCCGGAGACUCGGAGUAAUAAGAGAUUGAAGAGUUCAGGGUCAAAGAAGGUGGAAAAGAACGAUGCAAAGAAUGAUCAAGAGCGAGGACUGGUCGAGGAACAAAUCACAAGCGACGCGGAGAAGGCUCCGACCAAUGAAGCUCUUAAGACGGAUGAAGGGCCGAUGAGCGAGGAGGCAGCGAAGAGUGAUGUGUUUUUAAAGGAUGAUGAUAAGGUGAGUUUGAUUGUUGAAGACGAGCUGGAAUGUAUUAGUGAAGAGGAACCGAGAAGUGAUGUGGUUGAUCUGACGAGUGAUGAUGAGCGGAAGAGUCAUCAGGGAGAAUUGGUGAACAAAGAGGUUUUGAAGGAUGACCCAGUGAGACAAACGUGUGAAGAAGAGCCCAAGAGCGAUGUGGGGGAAUCAAUGAGUGAUGAUGAACGUAAGACCAAUAUCGUAGAAUUAAGAAGCGAAGGAGGACCAAAUGAUGAUGAGGUGAUGCCCAUGCCUGCAGAGGAGCCAGAAGACCAGGCAGUGGUGAAUGAUGAGGAAAAAAUUAGAACCGAUGAAGGAAAUAAUGGAGGUGUUCCAAUGUUGGUGGAUGAUAAUAUCAACGGGGAUGACGCUCUGUUGGAGAAGCCUUUAAAGCGGUUCACACGCUCAGCAUUGAAGCCAAAGGCAAAGCCAAUAGAUUUAUCCACUGCCAAAAAUGGCAUGGAAGAUGUUAAGAGUGGAGAACUUGUUAGCUGUGAUGAUGGUAAAGCAAAUAGUGCGAGCAGCCCAUCAGUGGUUCAGCAUCUGAAGAAGCCAAGUACGAAUAGGUCAAAAAAUACUAAGUUGAGGAAAUGUCCCUCAAAGUUAAAGGAACUUCUGGGGACUGGUAUUCUUGAGGGAUUACCUGUGAAGUACGUCCGUGGGUCGAGGGUUAGAGCCCCAAAAGAAACAGGGCUUCAAGGAGUGAUCAAGGGCACUGGGAUUUUAUGUUCUUGUGGCACUUGUAGGGGUGUUAAAGUUAUCACACCUAAUCAAUUUGAGUUACAUGCGGGUAGUUCAAAUAAACGUCCACCGGAGUAUAUAUACCUGGAGAAUGGGAGCACACUCCGUGAUGUGAUGAAUGCAUGCAAAGAUGCUUCCUUGGAUGCACUGGAAACAAGUAUAAAAAAUGCUAUUGGUUGUUCUUCAGUGUUGAAAUCUGUUGUCUGUCUGAAUUGCAGAGGUUCUAUUCCUAAAGCUGUUGUUGGGAACACAAUGCUACUCUGUGAUUCAUGCCUGGAGUUAAAAGAGUGUCAAGCUACUCCUACUCAAACAAUUAAUAGCAUUGACAGAUUGCCAAAUCCUGAAUUAUUAUCAAAGUCGUCUGACAGCAUGGCAAAGAGUAACUCAUCACGAAGUAAGAGUCAAGGGAGGCUGACGAGAAAAGAUCUGCGGCUGCAUAAGUUGGUCUUUGAGGAAGAUGUGCUGCCUGAUGGAACUGAAGUAGCAUAUUAUGCUCGUGGGCAGAAAUUGCUGGUUGGUUAUAAAAAAGGGUUUGGCAUCUUUUGUACUUGCUGCAAUUCUGAGGUCAGCCCCUCGCAGUUUGAAGCUCAUGCUGGUUGGGCUUCACGUCGCAAGCCUUACCUUCACAUAUACACAUCUAAUGGGGUGUCUCUCCAUGAGUUGUCAAUAUCUUUGUCAAGAGAUCGAAAGUUUUCUACCAAUGAAAACGAUGACCUCUGCUCCAUUUGUUUAGAUGGUGGAGAUCUUUUGUGUUGUGAUGGAUGCCCAAGGGCUUUUCACCAAGAGUGUGUUUCCCUGCCAAGCAUCCCUCAAGAUACUUGGUACUGCAAAUAUUGUGAAAAUAUGUUCCAAAAGGAGAAAUUUGUGGAGCGUAAUGCCAAUGCUGUAGCUGCUGGAAGGGUAGCAGGAGUUGAUCCUAUAGAACAAAUAACCAAGCGAUGCAUUCGUAUAGUCAAAGCACCAGAUAGUGAACUUGGCGGAUGUGUGUUAUGCAGAGGCCAGGCAUUUAUCAAAAAUGGAUUUUGUUCACGUACAGUCAUUCUCUGUGAUCAGUGUGAGAAGGAAUUUCAUAUUGGUUGUUUGAGAGAUCACAACUUGGGAGACCUAAAGGAAUUGCCAGCAGGGACGUGGUUCUGUUGCUCAUCAUGCUGUACAAUUCAUGCUGCUUUGGAGAAAUUAGUAGCUAGAGGAGAGGAGGAGCUUUCUGACUCUCUUUUCAAUGUCAUAAAGAAGAAGCAUGAAGAAAAAGGUAGAGAGGUCAGUGCCAAUCUCGACAUAAAAUGGAGGAUUUUCAGAGGAAAAAUGGCUACAAGUGAAACUAGAGCGUUUCUUUCGAGGGCGGUAGCUAUUUUCCAUGAACAAUUUGAUCCAAUACUUGAAGUUGGAACAAACCGAGACUUCAUUCCAAAUAUGGUUUAUGGAAGGAACAUGAGGGACCUAGAUCUAGGAAAUAUGUUAUGUGCAGUAUUGACUGUAAACUCAUUAGUUGUGUCAGCUGGAUUGUUUCGCAUUUUCGGACUGGAGGUGGCAGAGCUUCCUUUAGUUGCAACAUUUAAGGAUCAUGAAGGACUGGGUUACUUUCAGUGCCUGUUCUCUUGUAUUGAGGGACUGCUUGCAUCUUUGAAUGUGAAGAAGCUUGUGCUUCCAGCUGCGGAUGAGGCAGAAUCAAUUUGGACGAAAAGAUUUGGUUUCUACAAGCUCCCACUCGAUGAGCUGCACCGUUACAGAAAGAAUCACCCAAUGAUGACCUUCCAAGGGACGUCAAUGCUGCAGAAGUUGGUCCCCAAGUGUUGAAUGGAUUAUUUGAAAAUUCCUUUGUUGGGAGAGCAUUUUUUGUGGUGCUUUUUGCUUGAGUUGUACAGCCAUCACUAAUGUUUCGAUUAUGUACAGGAAAUGUGCCUCAUGCUUGAUCAUAUACAUGGCCGUUUUUUUUUUUUGGGUUUUUGGUUUUUGGGAUAACUAACAUCGCUUGAAGAAGGGAAAGAUCUCAGCCCAGUCCCAAAACACUUGGAUAUAUGGAAGGAGUAGAUGUUUCAUUGGGAUAGUUUUCCAAAAUUUUGCGAGCUUGAACUUGUAUACCCUUUUUUGUAUCUUCGCCUAGUUUUGGUUUUAUUUUUUUAUUCCUUUAUUACUAUGUAAACCUUUGUGAAGUUGAGCUUAAAACUAUUAGGAGCUCUAGAAUAUAAAUUUUGUCCAGCAAGUUGAGAAA